CAAAUACCUGCCAUGCCUGUGAAAGUUGUUUGACAUUUCAACAUUUCUAAUGAAUGUACUUUGUUAUCAAGAUUCCAGGAUACAUAUAACUAUUUAGUGAUUAAUCAUGGAGAAGGGAAAAGCCACAGGUAGUGAAAGUAAAUCUGAAGCCACUGAGAUGACACAAAAUAAAGAAGACAAAGAUGAAACCACAGAAGACCCCACAAAAAAGAAUGAUAACAAAUCAGCCCCAAACCUGGACACGAAAACUCAAGAAGUAAAUAUUGAUGGUACGCCACCUAUGUCAGAACCCUGUGCAGAAGUGUCAGACUCCUCUAAUGAAGACAAUAAAAAGUUGUUGAAUCCUCAAAGACUGCCAGGUGAUGGAGAACACCAGCUGGGAGAAGGGCCGCAGAAGACUGCACAAGAGGAAGAGGAAGUUAUAGAAGAAGAUGAUGAUGAAGGAAUUGAUGUAUCUGAUGGCAUAGACCUAGAUGGAGAUGGGAGGAUUAAACUUUUUGAAAGAGGCCUUGAAAAUGAGAAAAAAGGGAAAUUAAAAUCUGCAUUGAAGUGUUACAUGGCUUGUCUACGAGGAUUAAAACCUCACACUAACUUUCCUUUGCUGCCCCAGUGUCUCAGAAAUGUUGCAGAUAUAUUUUACAGACAAGAACAAUAUGAAAAGGCUAUACAUUUUAUUCAAGCAGAGAAGAUUUACUAUGAGUCAGCUUUGAUAGACACAACAGACAUACAGAUGAAGUUAGAGGAGGCCCAGAAGGACCAAACCCUGCCCUCAGACGUCACCGAGGACACAAUCAGAGCAGACGAAUUUGAGGAGCUGGCUAAAAUAUGUCUUGACAAAAAACAACCACAGCUGGCCUUGGAAUAUGCAGGAAAGGCCACCAAGAUCCGACAGAGCAUUCUGGGGGACAACCAUCCAGUGACCAUCAGCAGUCUGGAUUUCUUUACCAAGGUGUAUGCUGAGGCUGGGGCUGAUCAGUAUCAAGAUAGUAUGAAGAGAUUUGAGAAUCAAGGAGCGGGGGACCCCAGUGAUCAGGAUGUGGAGACGAUGAUUCCUCAGUCCUCAGAGAGGGAGCCACAGUCCAUCCUCAGGCGGAGAAAACCAGGAGAAAGAGAUGCAGAAAAGAGAGUGCGAUUUGAUGACUCUGUGAAAAAGAGUGAAGAUGAGGAGCAGUGUGCCAAGAUAUUUCUGUGGAUCCUGUUCGCGAUCUGUGGGGUGAUUCUAUUGAUCCUGGGGGUGUACCUGUACUGUCACAUCUCGUCCGGCAGCUCCUGUCAGUCCUACAAACAUCAGAUCAAGCAUGUCUGGGACCGCAUCAAGUACUACUACUACCACUACACACAGUCCAAACUUAGGAAGUUUGUCUGAAUCCAGAUCCUCUUUAACGAAAAAAAGAACAAAAUUCAUUGAAUUCUGGAAAAUGUACAGGAGAAUUUGAACGUAUGCGAUGGGGACUAUUUCCAAAGCUGAUACAGAUUUUUUGUCUCAAUUCAUCCGACUUUUUCUAAACUGAUUCACGUCCCCUUGUAAAGAGAAAGUGAAUAUUGGCAAACUGGUGGAACAAAGUCCCUCAUUUUACAGUGAAAUCUUGAUGAACUUUACCACUUUAUUUUUGUUAAACUAAACCAUGAUGUGUUACAUGUUACUGCUAAUAAGUUUCCUUUUCUUAAAGUUUUUGGCAAAAUAAAAUGCCAGUACAUGUAUACUUUGUAAAUAAUGUUUUUUGAGUUCAAAUUAGUAAGCUUUUGGAAUUAAAGAUAUUUUCCAUUCUUUCAGAUGUAGUCAACUUUUCCUGUUUUAAGUUGACACAUUGUAAAUCAGCUAUUUAAAUGUAGGGACCAUAUUAUUCAAAGUUUUCUGUC